AUGUCUGAACGGAGAAACAGCAGGACAUCUCGCCACGCGAGUCAUGCAGAAUCUGAACGGACUAACAGUCAGAAGCCUGUUCGGCCCAAAGGACUAACUUCUGAACACACUGAUCGCAGAUCAUCCGGCCAUGCUGAGAGCGCUUCUAAACAGACUGACCGCACAUCGUCUGUCUCAUCUGAACGAAGAGCCUCUGAACAGACUGGCCACAGAAAGUCUGACCAAGAUAGCCGAAGGGUUUCUGAACCGAUUGACCGCAAGUCUGGCCAAUAUGAUCGAAGAAGUUCUGAACCGAUUGACCAUAUGAAGUCUGGCCAAGAUGACCGAAGGGUUUCUGCACCGAUUCAACUCAGAGAGUCUGGCCAAGAUGACCAAGAGGCUUAUGACCUGAUUGACAGCAGAAAGUCUGGUCUGGUUGAACAAAAAACUUAUCAACCGGGUGAACAUAGAUUGUCUGACCCAAUUAGCUACAAAUCAUCGGUAAAGACUCACCACGAAGCACCUGACCAAAUUACUGAACUAGCUGAAGACCAGGCAGCUGAAGACCAAACUGGUGGCAGCAUUCAACAACACCCUAGAGUUAUCAUGCCUCUCUAUCGUGAGUAUGAAAAGGUGGAAGAUGAAGAUGAUGACAUAGAUGACAACCAGCCUGACCUUGGAGAAAGUGAUGAGUAUGAUGACAAAAUACAUACCAGCCAGAAGGGCAAAGAGGUUGACUAUACAUUAGAUUCUAAACAAAAAGAUUUCAGAAAUUCCAAGGUUUCAGAUAUAAAUAAAUAUAAAAAUGAUGAAUUCAUGAAAGCAUUCAACGCAUUUGAUACCAAGGUCACCGGCUUCUACCAAAGAAAAGGAAUUGGAAGUAAACUGGAGAUCCCUAUGAAGGGAAAAAUAGUUGAAGAUACUUCAGGAUACCAAGAAGGAAGGAGUUCUAUUCAAUACCAAAAGAGGCGAUUUCCUUCUCUCGUAUAUCAAGAUCCAUAUCAAAUUUCACUACAAUACAUGGAGAAACACCACAUUCUGCAAAUAUUCCAGCAGAUCACUGAAAACUUAGUUUAUGAAAAGCCAGAGGACCCCCUGAGUUUUAUGCUGAGCCAGUUAUAUACAUUCCUGAUCAUCUGA